AUGGCUGCCAGCGCUGCUCAGGUGAGAGAAGAGGAGCCAAAGAAGGCACGCAGAUCACGGCGUCAGUCGGCUGUGGCGGGCUGUCUUUGAUUGUGUUGUUUGUCAGGCCAAUUAUCUGCAGACGACGAUGGCUGCGAUGCGGGAGCAGCUGCUGGCGGGGAUAGAAGCCUAUCGGACCAAUCAGGCGAAUGUACCUUUUCAACGCACUCGCUCACUCACUCACUCACUCACUCAUUCAUUCGGUGCAUCGCUCAUCGGUCGGUUGCUUGCUUGGUGUUGUUUGUGUGUGACGCUCAGGUCAACAGUUGCAUUGACCAAUUCUUUCAGAUGGACACCGCUGCAGUGUCACCACUGGUGCGGGCAGACUGCCCGCCAAGCACACAACACAAUCGAAGCGCAAGGCCUCUGUGUCACGGGUGCUUCAUUGAUUCAUUCGUUCACCAGAUGAUGUCCAACGUCAUUGGGCAUCUCGUCGCUGCAUCUGCCCGACUGGCCCAGCUGGCGGACAGCAUGUACUCGACCAUCGCACUCACAGCACACACCCGCACUCAGGUGAGAGAGUGACACACACACAUACAGACACACCAACAUGAGACCCAGACACACAGCUCCAUGUCUUCCUGUGUCAUCAGGCUCGCCGGUGGCACGUGACUGACAUGCCCGCCGAGCCCAUGCGCAUCAUCAUUGCCCUGUCUGACCUCACCACCGUCGCCCGCUUCAAGUCGACAGCAGGCCCCAUCACCGCUGCCCUUCGGCCCAUUGUCCGCCGCUUUCGCCUGCCGAAGGCCAUCGAGGGGGCGGGAGUGAGUGGUGUGGUGCGGUUUGACAAUAAAUUGGGCCACGGCGAUGUGAUGAAGGCCAUGUGGAUGGUGGAGGAGGGGGGCGAGGGUUGGUGGAAAGAGGCAGGCGAGACACUUAGAGUUGGCGAGCACUGCGGCUACUGCCAGCUGCCCAUCACUGUGGUUGCUGGAGAUCUGCAGACACACGCCACCAAAGCGGUAAGCGCAACACACUUGAGAAGAGGGUGCCGGUCACUGAGUUAACGGCUCGCUCUGUGCGUGUAUGUGUGCUGGAUGCAGGACUACUUAUCGCUGCCCCGCUUCUGUGCCGAGUGGAUGGUCGUCGGCCGCCAUGUGGCCCUCCGUCGCCCCACUGGCCAGCAGGACGGCACUCUCCAACUGUUCCGCCAUAACCAUGAGAUUCGCGCCAUCCGCAACGAGCCCAACUUCGCCAUCACCCUCAACCCGCCCCUCCCCCUCCCCAACCGCCCCACCCAUCCCUUCUCGCAGCACCCCUUCCAGCAGCACGCCAAGCCACACGACCCCCCUAUCGGCAUCCGCAUUGGGUGGCAGGCUGGUGUGGGCUGGGCGGCGGCUGGUGCCAACAACGGGGGCGUUCACGCGUCAGCGAGUUCCAUGUUGAAGAGGCUGCUGCUUGGUCACCAGGAGGUGGCUGUGGGCGGCAUGUCCUAGUCGCCAAUAGUGACGGUAGACCGGUAAGUGGAUGGACGGCAGGUCGCUCAUGGUCUGUUUCAAACACCCAUGUGUGUGUCAGGGGUGUGUGUGGCGGCCAUCUCGACCGCAUCUUGACCCAAUCGCCGCACACGCCCCUAGAUGGAUGCUCGGAUGUGGCGACACGCGAGAUGGUCGGUGGGACCUGUGUGCAGCUGCGUGUACUGACGUCGUCCGGUGACCCCUUCAUCGCAUACAUUGCCUGGGGCCCCCCUCCAGGCACCAACGGGGCCCCCCUCCAGGCACCAACCAGAACGAUACGCAUACACGUUAGUAAAGAAAGAGCAACUCGAUUGACGAGACCUCCAUGCCGUCAUAUUGUCCGAUCAUCUGCCGUUGUUUGCGUGCAGUGCGCGUCAUCAUCGUUACCACCGAGGCGCCAGCAGCAGGAGUGGCCAAUGACGCGCCCUUCGCACAGCGAUUCCCCCUGACCGCCGCCAAAGUGCGUCUCGUCCUCGGCCCCAUCGCACCCAUCAUCCUCAACGGCCAGGCACCGUAG